AGUUUGGCCCGGGGCAGGAUGAUAACUGUCGGCUCUGUUUAGUGGUGACGUGACAUUCUUCCUGGUUGUUUGGAUGCUGGAGAGGGGAGGGCAAACCAGAGGCAGCGGAGUUGAUUAUUGGUGCUGGGUCUGGUUUGGCGUCUUCCUGAGGACCCCAUAAGAAGCCCGGGCUGUUGUGUGCCUUUUUGAGCGGGGCCAGGCCAGGCCACCGCUGCGCUUUUCGAUCAUAUUUGAGCCAACUCUGUUGUCAAAAUGGUUUUAGCAGAUCUUGGGAGAAAAAUAACCUCAGCAUUGCGCUCCCUGAGCAAUGCUACCAUUAUCAAUGAAGAGGUUUUAAAUGCUAUGCUAAAAGAAGUUUGUACAGCAUUAUUGGAAGCUGAUGUCAACAUUAAGCUGGUGAAGCAGCUAAGAGAGAAUGUCAAAUCUGCUAUUGACCUUGAAGAAAUGGCUUCUGGACUCAACAAAAGAAAAAUGAUCCAACAUGCUGUCUUUAAAGAACUUGUUAAGCUUGUAGAUCCUGGAGUCAAAGCCUGGACACCCACAAAAGGAAAACAAAAUAUAAUCAUGUUUGUAGGCUUGCAAGGAAGUGGCAAAACAACAUCGUGUUCAAAGUUGGCAUAUUAUUACCAGAAGAAAGGCUGGAAGACAUGUUUGAUAUGUGCAGACACUUACAGAGCAGGUGCUUUUGAUCAGUUAAAACAGAAUGCAACGAAAGCAAGAAUUCCAUUUUAUGGGAGUUACACAGAGAUGGAUCCUGUAAUUAUUGCUUCAGAAGGUGUUGAAAAAUUUAAGAAUGAGAACUUUGAAAUAAUAAUAGUUGAUACAAGUGGUCGUCACAAGCAGGAAGACUCUUUGUUUGAAGAAAUGUUACAAGUUGCUAAUGCCAUACAACCAGAUAAUAUAGUUUAUGUGAUGGAUGCCUCUAUCGGUCAAGCCUGUGAAGCUCAAGCAAAGGCUUUCAAAGAUAAAGUUGAUGUUGCUUCUGUAAUUGUGACAAAACUUGAUGGCCAUGCCAAGGGAGGUGGAGCACUUAGUGCAGUUGCUGCAACUAAAAGUCCAAUCAUUUUUAUUGGAACUGGAGAACAUAUAGAUGACUUUGAACCUUUUAAAACACAGCCUUUUAUCAGUAAACUUCUUGGUAUGGGAGAUAUUGAAGGAUUGAUAGAUAAAGUAAAUGAAUUGAAAUUAGAUGACAAUGAGGCACUCAUAGAGAAACUAAAACAUGGUCAAUUUACAUUGAGAGACAUGUAUGAACAGUUCCAAAACAUCAUGAAAAUGGGGCCCUUCAGUCAAAUAUUGGGUAUGAUCCCUGGUUUUGGAACAGAUUUCAUGAGUAAAGGCAAUGAACAGGAAUCAAUGGCAAGGCUAAAAAAACUGAUGACAAUAAUGGACAGUAUGAAUGAUCAAGAACUAGAUAGUACAGAUGGAGCCAAAGUUUUCAGUAAGCAACCAGGAAGAAUCCAAAGAGUAGCAAGAGGUUCUGGUGUUUCAACUAGAGAUGUCCAAGAACUCCUGACGCAGUACACAAAAUUUGCACAAAUGGUAAAAAAGAUGGGAGGCAUUAAAGGACUUUUCAAAGGAGGUGACAUGUCAAAGAAUGUAAAUCCAUCCCAGAUGGCAAAACUGAACCAGCAGAUGGCAAAGAUGAUGGAUCCCAGAGUUCUUCAUCAUAUGGUGUGUGACUUCCUUGGUGAAAAGAUUGCUUCUGUUUUGGGCAUCAGUACACCAAAAUACCAAUAUGCCAUAGAUGAAUACUACAGAAUGAAAAAGGAGGAGGAGGAGGAAGAGGAAGAGAACAAAAUGUCAGAGGAAGCAGAAAGGAGGUUUCAAGAACAGAAGCAGAGUCAAGAAGGGAUUGCUGUUCAGACAGCCCAGCCAAGGGAUACAGCCUGUAGUACAUUCAUGAAUCUCAAUUUUGAAACUGAAGAAGGCCAUCAGUCUGUUGUAGAAAGUAAACGAGGUUUUACUGUAGUAUCUGCUUAGAACAACAUAUAGCAAUACCAUUUCUUGAAUUGUCAAACAUUUGUAGGUCCUUUUCUGCAUGUUCAAUGGAAUGUAAUUUAUUUAAAAGUAUGGCCAUGAGAGAGCUAUUAAUAUUACUGUUUCUUCAGUCCAUCUCUGUCUAAUAAGGCCUAACCUUAUUGCUUAACCUAUUAUGAAAUGUAAAUAAUGGGGUCCUAUUUUGACCUUUCUAUGCAGAACAAGUAAAAGGUCUUUCCUGAUCAUCUGGUGCCUUGAUGAUAGUUAUGGACUGAUAACUGUGCUUCUUUAUGGUUUAAAAGUCUAUUAUGUAUUUAUAACUUUACUUACUGAAAGCUAGGUGGAAAUUUUAGACUAACUGGGAAAUAGGCACUUUUGUGAUUUAGUCUAGUUACACUGUUGCACAUGUUUAUAUGCAUGUCCAGCAGCCAUCUAAUUCAUGUGGUUUUGUUAAUGCCUAUUAAAGUAAAUAAUGGUCUAAAAGUUGUCUAAAAAUUGAUAAAGGACAAGCUUUGCAGGUCCAACAAACAAGGAUCUAAAGAGUACCAGUUGGUUGACAUUAAAUCUCAGUCUUUACAAGAUGUGGUAGAAAAGAAUUCCACUAUUCCAAAGAGUUGAUGCUUAGUCUACAUGAAUAUAGAAGGUGGUAUGUUGAUGAAUGUAACCCUGAACAAAAUUUUACCAAUGAAUGUGCUCUUCAUGAAGUAUGAUAAAUUAUUAGUACUGAAUGUUCAUAGCUUCAUACCUAUUGCUAUUCUGACCUUAAAAAACAGACUCAAUCACAUGGUAAAAUUUAACAUCUCUGAAAUGUUUAUUUUUAAUUGGAAGAAUUUCCUAUUACGACAGUUGUGAGUUUUCAAGCUAAAAAUCUGUUCUUCACCCUGAGAAACACUGAAAAUCUACUGUAAAUGCAAAUUUUCUGUAGGACAAUCCACAAAACAUCUGAAACACGAAGUUUACAGAUGGAGAUCAGGGCCGAUUGGGCUGUGUGGAUGCGGCAUAAAGGGAUGUAUUUGGCAAAACUGAUCUGCUCCCUAAGCACUUUCUGGAUGUAAUUACACACUUCAGUAGUUUAAAAGUGCCCCUUUAGUCUCUUCUUAAACAUAUACAUUUGUAUAAAUUAGCUGGAAUUUAGAAAGAAACUGCAAUAUACUGUAUAGUGCUAAAGGAGUACAGAAGAAUUGAAGAUGAAGAAUACACCCUCUUGCCUUCAUUGUCCUUAUCUGAUCAGGAGAAAUCACCUAGUACAUUGCUCCUCCUUUUGAUACUUUUUAAAAUUUUGGACAGCUUUCUCUCAAUAUAUGCAUCCAUUCUGGGUUAGAAAAAUGAUACAGUUGUCAGCUGUAAAUUGUAUAACACAAUUACUCAAAUCACUGUACAGGAUAAAAAAAAAAAAACUCUUAAGGCAACAUAGUUAAUAAAUCGAUUACCUGGCUCUAAUUUUUGCUAGUCAGAAAUGUUCCUACUGUAUUGAAUAGGGAAGGGUUUGUUGUCAUGAGGUUCUUCUAGUCAUUGUGCCUUACCUUUUAAUAUUUUUUCAAAAUAUGCAAAUGAUAUAAAAUGUUCCUUUUCUUGUAAAUGCAUUAAAAUGUAUAUUUAAUAUAAUUAUAAUGAUAGUUGAGUCCAUGGUUGUUGUUACAGCACUGACAAAUGAUGUUAGAUAUCUACUAAUAAUUGGAGCAAAAACAGUGCCAAAAUGUUCACCUUCCUGUGGAACUGAUCCUGUAUUUAUAACAUCUAAUUUGCAUUGAGUUUAGCAGGAUUUAAUCAACUGCAUGCAAUUAACCAGACAGUGUCUUUUUAAAAUCGUAUUCCAUUUAUUGCCAUCACAUAAUGAGACACUCAAGGCUUCCAGUGUGUUUGUAAAACAUGCUAUGCCUAAUACCCUAAUGCUAAUGUAAUCAUUUUACAUUUCACAACCGCACUUUAAUCAGUCUUAGAUUUUGACUUGGUUAAGGUGACAUAAUAAGCUUAAGAUCUGGUUUAAAAAACUGCAUCCAAUACAGGCAAAAUGACAAUAAACACCUGCCAAGCAUUUAACCAAGCAUUUUAACUUACCAUGCUUUGCAUUUACGGAAUUAAAGGAUUACAUUAUUUAUACCACUGUUCUUUAACCUGGGAUCUGACCCAGAUAACAGGGCCAUAUUGCUAGAGCUAAGUUCAACACUUCUGGAAGACAACUAGUUGGGGAAGAUAGAUUUAUACUCAUAACUGCUUAAUAUACUAGCCGCCUCUGGAAAUGAGAGAGCUGUUUAAUUGUGUUUAACUACGAUCCAUCUGAUAGGUACAAUUUACUUGUAAAUUUUUAGAAUUAAGCUGCACCUUUGUAAUUACACACAGAGAGGAAAGUAAUAGAUAUUAGGCUUUGUUUUAGCAAUGGCAAUUCAACAGUACAAAACUGGAAUAUUCAAGAAAAAUUCCAAAAUAUAUAACUUGUCUAAAAUGCAGUAUGGCUUGCUACUGUAGGUUCAGAAAUGAUUUAAAUAAACAUUAAUUUACCAACAACUCUUUAAACAUUUAAUAACAGGUUUUCAGUAAAUGGUUUUUAAAAACUUAAGUAAGGUUCAUUUCACAUUUUUUAAAAAAAAUGUCCAUCUGGAGUUAUAUGGAAACUUCAGUGAUACGUGCAAUGAAUUUGCUGUUCAGCCUCAGUCACUGUAUCAGUUGGGCAUAUCUCCGAUAAUGCAGUCUAUUCCUGUUAAAUCAUGUAUCGACAAGAUCUGUUGUGCUGUCAUUAUCAGUGGCUACAAGAACUUCUCUGUUUUCAUAAGUCCAGAAGCCAUUAAGAUCAAUUAAAAUACUGGUGACUGUG